AUGCACGAAGCAAACGUAAGUGGCAAUACGCACAGAAAUACGUCGCCGUCCUCCGUGGCGCCACCAGUGGCGGAAGCAACACCAGCAGCAGCUAGCCAGGCCAGAGGUGCGUUUGUGAGCAGAGGCCACGACGCUGCACGUCAGGACUACUGCGCUGCUGCGAUAGACCACGUUAACAUUGCUCCGAUCGCCAGCGCGGCCGCACCUCCCUUUUCGUGGUCGCCAAAGCCCUGCGCCACGAACCACGGCAUGUUCGCUGAUGCAGCUGCGCGAGACGCCAAAGCAGCGCUCUCGACGGGGACAACCACUCAAGAUAGCACUGGGGAGGUGAGCACCACACUGGACACGCACCGGCACUCGCGCCACAUGGCGUCCCCGUCGCAGCACCCGGGCGACUCGUCGCUGGUGUUCGUCAUGAGCGAGGACAGCGAGCUGAAGGUGCUGGCGAGCGGUGUCAGCCCUCCGACUGCGCUGCCCUCAGCAGCAUGCACCUCCUCGUCAAGUGCCAUCCAUCCCCCCCUCCCGCACCCUUCACAGAGCACCGUAAACCGCAACCAGGCGGCACGCAGCCAUGUUCCUCUGGGUGUCGAUACCGGUGACGGUGGAGUUUACGCGGUGAAUCGGCGUGGCAGCCAGCACAACAGGCACGGGAUCACUGGCGCGACAUUGACAGGAUACAACCCUGUGACAGGCACGGGGCAUCUCAUGCCCCACACCCCAGGUGUACGUCGUGAGACCAACAUCGACGCCAUCCUAUCGAGUUGCCUGCAGGAGGCAGCCAUUCGGAAACCGUCGGUGCAGCUGUCACAGCAGCUGGGUGGCAAUGCUCGAAGUGCAGCAGCGACAACGGCAGGUGCACUGAGCAGCACCGGUGCCGCCGCUCCCUCAGCCUACCACACAACUCCCCAUGAGCCGCGAGCGCCCCCCGCGUUACAGAUCUUCCCUGGCCUUGGUCCUGGCUCUCACAAGGUGCGUGAACCAACAGCGACUACCACUGCCCCCGCAGCAGCAGUAGCCCCCAUUGCUCCCCUUCAUACUGGCUUCGGCACACGAUGGCCACAGCGGCACAUACCCUCCGCCUCCCUGUACUCGGCAGGUAGUGGCGAAGGUGCAGGCGCGGCAGCGUGUGUGUACGGCACGACCCGGACCUCCUCUUCCGCAGCAGCGCUUCACGCCAACGUUGGCGGCGACAAGCUGGCGCAGCAGCAACAGCCUCCGUAUGCUGGUGCUAGCAACUCAGCAGACGCACGCUCGCAGCACAGUGGGACGCCUCCGCCGCCGGCGUCGCAACCGCUGGAUAAGAACUUUACGGAGGCGCAGCGUCUGGCUGCCCUGGAGGAGGUGCAGCAGGAGCUGUACUUGAACUACACAGCGGUGCCAGUUCCGGACAACAUGAUCAACUCAGGUGACACCGACGAGCGCCGCCGUCGGCUGGACCAGCGCCGCAAGCAGAUUAUCUAUGGCAAGGAGACGGAGGGCUACCUCAAAUACACCUCCCUGAUAUCCCGCCCGUGUGACCGGGAGUACCACAACCCGCUGCACGCCAUCACGCCGCGUCCCGAGUAUGACUGCAGCAAGCGCCAGUUCGACCGCGUCCUGAACGCGUGGCGGCGGCAACUGCAUCAGUGGGACGACUAUGACAUGGACAACAUCGAUGAGCGCUUCCUCCCCCUUGGCAAGGCCUCGCUGCUGGACUUGGGGCUCUGCCACCCUCCGUCAAGUUGCACACCAACGAACGCCACCGCAGGGCCGCCUGCCGGCGUGAUGCACUCCAUUGCCAACGUCGCGGCCAUGGCGAACGGUGUCCUCGGCGACGACGACGCCAUGCAGUGUCACUCGCGCAGCCCCAUCUUCACUGAGAACAGUCCCACCUCAGGGCUGUACUCGUCUGUCAGCCUUAGCAUGCACAUCAGCUCGGGCCGCGCCGCCUCCAUGGCAGCUGCGUGCACCCCAUCCCGCCCGCAGCUAUCCGAGGGGGCCGAGGGCCCGAAGGUGGACGAGUCAUUCUUCCUCCACAUGAACUCCGGCAACAGCCGUAUCGCCUCGCCGUUUCACCACACCUACUCUGGGACUGGCCACGGCGGCGGAAACGGGCGGAGCAGCGCCAACUCGCACUACCAGCAGCUCAUGAUGCGCAACAGCACAGCGUACGCACAGAACAGCGCAAACGGCGGCACCCCAGGUAGCAGCUAUGGAAACUAUACAGGUCUUACUCCAGUGCAUCGCCCGGCCAGCCGCGGCGGCAUGCCGCACCACAUUACUGCCAUCUUCGGUAGCCAGUAUGAGCUGAUGACGCCGUCUGGUCUCGCCUCGCCUGCCGGCAUAGCGCACAACCCUCGCACCGGCAGCAGCCCGUACCCGGUCGGCGAACCGUGGAUGUCGAGCCGGCGCAGCCCGACAUAUGCCGUGGGAACCGCCCACGGUGUUGGUGGUCACCACCCUUCGACAGUCACACUGAACGGGAUGGCAGGUACGAACAGCAGUGAGACGGCGACGAUGGUAAGCGGAAGGCCGGGAGAGUCGCCACCGAACGCGACAGCGCUGGCACUGAUCCAGAGCACGUCGCUCGGUAACAGCAGCAGCUUCGCGCCGUCGUCGUAUAACUACCUCGCCCACUCGCCUGCUCAGCCUCAAGCUGCUCCACCGCAGGCCACCAUUGCCUAUCCCACGCCCCUCACGCACCAGCAAAGCCGCCCAGGCCUGAGCGGGUAUACCAACGUUACCCCUGCUACUGCCGGCAUUCACCACCCACAGCGCCAGUCGAACAGCCCAAGUGGCACUCGAUUCGAGCCUCCACAGCAGCAACGCCAACAGUUAGCCAUCGGCACUAGCACCCCCGGGGGUGGAGAGUGA